AUGGGCGCUUGCAUUGGGCGCAUCUGCGAGCCUUUCACGGGGCGCUCUCAUGACCGUCUGACCGCCAGCUUCGCCGAGGCGGCGCUGCACCCGCUGGAGACACCGCCUGAAACACCGACGGGAGGGCUCCUCCAGAACGGCAACAAGCCGAGUGAGGAGGAUAAGGAGGACGACGACGACGGUUAUGAGAGCGCGAAGAGCGAUUUCAGCACGUGCACGUGGUCGAGUGAGCGCUCCGUGGGAGCCGCCGGCUCGCGGAGCUCCCAACGCACGCCGCCCCCUCCUCGCCUCGCCACGCUCGCUUCGCCCCAGCCGACCGCCCGGGGCGACGGGGGGGACCCGAAGGACCACGACGGCGACGCGUGCACGCCAGACGCGUGGCGCGCGCUCUCCGAGGCCACCGCCCACCUCGAAGACGACGCCCUGGACCGGCUCGAGGACGACACCCCGGGCGCCUCGAAGAGGACGAAGAGCCGACUGGGCGUCGCGGCCAGGCUAGCGAAAGUCGCCGCCGGCAUGCGCAUGCUCCGAGCCGUGGGGCGCGCCAUUUACUCGGCGGGUGGUGCACUCGACCUGACCGGGUUUGGCGGAACUCCAAUCCGUUGGCACAGUGGCCACUCCACGCUGAGAACGCAUCAUCGGGGCGAGUCGACGCUCCGAAGGUCGAACGGGGAGCCUCGGCCGAGCCGAGCGGCGCGGAUGUUUUGCCAGACAGACAGGGACUUCGGCAGGGCAUUGGGCACCGUGCGUCUCAGUAUUUGCGACUCGGAUAACGAGAAGGACUACGCGGAUCCCGCGAUCGACGGGGACUGUGGCGUGUUUCCCGACGGCGCCACCCCAGAGGGAAAUAUACUCCGCGUCGUCCGGUCCAUCAUCUGCGAUUUGGACGUUCCAAGACACCUGCAAAAGCCGUUCAACCCGAUACUUGGUGAGACUGCGAGACACGAGCUGCAACUGGUAGGCGGCUGCAAAGUAAAAUCGGUCAUCGAACAGGUGUCUCAUCAUCCUCCCAUCACCGCAUUUCACUGCGACGGUGACGGCGAUUGGGUGAUUCGUGGAUAUUUCCAGCCGAGGCCUCGGUUGUUGGGGGUCCACGCCGUCGAGGUAGAAAUGCUCGGACGACGUAUGUGGGAGGUGGGGCCGCGUGAUCGUCGUGAAAUUUACGAGAGCGAUUACUGCGGUUUCCUCUGGAAAUUUCUACCCAGGAUGAAGACGUCCCUUUCUACCCAGACGUGGUUCGUCGAGUGUAAGCAAACCAUGUUGAGGGCGGAGGUCACGCACGGAAGGAAGCGAAGCAUCAAGGGGAGGGUCUUUAACGUACUGAAACCUUCCGAGACGCUAUUCGCGAUCGACGGCGCCUACGAUUCGUGCGUCUUCGUGAAAGAGCCUUCGACGACGAAAGUUCACGUUCUGUACGACGCCGAGGAGGCCGCCGCUGCCGAGGAGGUUGAAGCCGACGUCGCCUUUCAACUUCCGGGCGACGAAAAAUCGAGCGAGAGGGUGUGGGGCAGCGUCAUCGACGCGAUGAACAGGGGCGCGUGGGACGAGGCUCGGGCGGGAAAGCGCAGGGUCGAAGAAGCCGAGCGGAAAGAGCGGCGGCGGAGGAAGGAUGCCGGCGAGGGGCCUUGGCGGCCGAGGUUCUUCGAAGAUGUGGACGGUGAUUGGGUGCUGCGCCGUUUGGGUGACAACGCCGACGAACCCAGAGGCGCACCGCCCAGACCAGACCAGUAG